AUGACAUCAUUACUUAACGAUUUUUUGCGCACAUCAGCACCUGCAUCCAACGUUUCUUGCACUUGAAGAUGCCCCGUCCCGAAGGAACACAGAAUUUCAAGUUUAAUCACACUAUGCUUCGUGUUAAGGACCCCAAGGCAUCCAUUCAGUUCUACACCGAGGUCCUCGGAAUGGAAUUUCUAGCUAAGCACGAUGGUGGAGAUUUCACGCUCUACUUCUUGGCGUUCGAUGACGGGAAGGGCCUUACUGAGGAGGAAAAGGCACAGGGACGCUUUGCUAGGGAAGGUGUUCUUGAACUGACACACAACCACGGCACUGAGUCCGAUCCUGACUUCAAAGGCUACGCAUCAGGGAAUACGGAGCCAGGGCGUGGUUUCGGCCAUAUUGCUAUCAGUGUCGAUGACAUAGCCGCCGCUUGCGAUCGAUUCGAAAAGUCUGGAGUGCAGUUCAAAAAGCGGUUGACUGAUGGGAAAAUGAAGAAUAUUGCAUUCAUUUUAGAUCCUGAUGGAUAUUGGAUCGAGGUUGUUCCGGGCGAUCUUCGACUCUAGGAGCUGCGAUGUAACGAGUUUUCAUUGUAACAAGCUGUCAAUCAAUCCAAUUAUCGCUAUGUAAACCCUCUUGCCCGCCGGGGCCGAGAGUGUACUGAACAUGGCGAACCUUUUUUCCGGGAGACCUCCCAGUAAUUACCCGCACCAUCCUGUUCAGUAUGCCAUAUCGCACUCCCAGAGGGUUGGAUUUGAAUGCUAUUACGACCCCGCUAUACAGACAUCCGGGUUCGGCUAGCGUUUCGUUGAGCGCGCGGACACCUGCAAGAGAAAAAAAUCUGGUAUUUGGAUAGUAUCACUGAGUAGAGCUCGUAAGUUUAAUUAUUGCAAAGAUAAGUCAGCGAACCCGUAGCCGUCCAAGCCAACUCUACUGCGCCGAAUAUCUCAGCAUCGCCUUGCUGACAGAAGGU